UCUUUCUCUUUUCUGCAUCUCUGUCUCUGUAUCUAUCUUGUUUACUGAUGCAAAGUGUUUUAAAAGUUAUUCAGUGGGAGCAAUCAUGCCAUCAAUGGAUUGAUGGAUGCAAAAAUGCACAUUAUGACAUUAUGUCAUAUGACAAUGCCCAUUUAUAGUUGAUCUAGGCUACAAAACCUGCUUGUGUAGGAACAUUAAGUCAGAAAACCAAUAUGUAACACUGUAAAAACCCGAAUUUUACUUUUCCCCCCACCCUCAAAUUGGAGCCAUUAUUUCCAACAACGACCAAAGACUGACCAUGCCUCAACGCUGACAUGUCAGUCGGAUUUGGAUUGCUUUGAGGUUUUGCUUUGAGAGGCAGGGCUGGUUCAUUCUGUGUGGAUGCAGCUUAACCUCACUUGCCAGCUUUUCUUCAGUGCGUGAUGUUGUUGAUGUUGUUGUUGGUGGUUGAUGGUGCUGGUGGUCAGGCGGGAGUCGCUGCAUCGUGUAAUAAGAGGUUUUCAUGCUGUGACGGCAGCAGGUUGCAGACUCCUUGCAUCAUACUGGGUGACUCUAAAGACACCAAAGACACUAUGCUGUCCUCAGACGAGCCGCUGGACCUGAAGCUUCCCUCUGGGAGGACGCACUGUCCCCUCAGACUGGGAAAGAGGACUUCAUCUUCCAUCUGCGCACCUCUCAGCGCCACACGUCCUCGUCUUAUUUACACCACCUUCCCCUCCCCGCCGUCCUCCCCAGAUUCCCAGUCCCCGUCUCAAGAGCGACCCGGGUCCUGCUUCACGCCCCCAGCCAUGGACCUCAGCCUGUCCCCUUCCUCUCGACACGCGUCCUCCCUCUCCCCUUCUCCUUCCUCCCCAUCCCCCUUGUCCCCUCCGUCCCCUGUGGAGUCUCCCCACAGCAUCAGCAGCAUCAGCAGCAUCAGCAGCAGCCCUCGACCACACCCUCUCUUACGGGAAGCACAUCAUCGUCAUAGAGGAAUGGAGGGCGAUGCUUCACCUCAGCGUUAUCCUUUCUAUCUUCCCAUUGCGAGCCCACCACCGGUGUACAGCUUUCCUUCCUCCUUGCUUAUUGGUCAGAAGCGAGAGAAGCAAGUUUCACCCGAGCCCUCACUGGAUGCUCAGCUCACCUGCCGCUGGAUGAAGUGCCACCUGCUGUUUGAGUCACUGCAAGACCUGGUGGACCACAUCAAUGACACCCACGUCAAGCCUGAAAAGGAUUCUGGUUAUUGCUGCAAGUGGGAGGGCUGUGCUCGCAAUGGGCGGGGAUUCAACGCCAGGUAUAAAAUGCUGAUCCAUAUCCGCACACACACCAACGAGAAGCCCCAUCAUUGUCCCACCUGUAACAAGAGUUUCUCCCGCCUGGAGAACCUGAAGAUCCAUACCCGGUCUCACACAGGAGAGAAACCCUACAUUUGCCCGUACGAGGGCUGCAGCAAGCGAUACUCCAACUCCAGCGACCGCUUCAAGCACACCCGCACACACUACGUGGAUAAACCCUACUGCUGCAAGAUGGCAGGCUGCCUGAAGCGCUACACUGAUCCCAGCUCGCUACGCAAACACAUCAAAGCCCACGGCCACUUUGUGAGUCAAGAGCAGAGCGCCCCCAGCAGGCCGGGGCUGGGGGGUCCUCAUGGUGCUCAAGGUGCUGUGGACCUUCCCUCCACAGGGAGAGGGCAGGUUACUCUCCCAGGGGCGGCCGCGGCAGCUCUCCUGGGGGGCCUGGGGACUUCGCUGCCUCUAUCGGCACUCUGCCACCCUCGAGCCCCGCUCUUCUCCGUGGGAGGAAGAGGAGCUCUGGGCCCACUCGGACUCGCUGACUCGCCUCUUUUUCACUUUGGACUUUCGGCGGCGUCCAUAAUGAGUUUGGGGUCUUUGGGAAGGGUGGGGCACAUGGGAAGCCAGGGGGCAGAGGGUGAAGAUGAUGAGGGAGGGCCCGAGAGGGAAAGAGAGGGGGAGAUCUUGAACCUGUCUGCAGUGGUGGGGUCAGGACGGAGGGAUCCCCUGUCUUGGGUGGUUGUUCCACCCAGGGCGCUUCUGCUUAAACCAGCUGUGGUCAGCUAGGGGGAGGGGGAGGGCAUCAGGGAUGGUCUUACGUGGUAUUUUUGAUACAGUCGUCCCUCACUACAUUGCAGUUCGAAUAUCACUCUCUCACUUUUAAAAAAAUAGUAAAUGGUUGCUUUUUUGUAGUUGACUAAGUCCCAUUAUGAGUCACAAAUACUCAAACACAAACUCUAUGUAGUAUUCUGGUUACUAGGUACCAGUAGUGACACCAACAUGAAAUACAUGGAGUCAGCCACGGCAAUUCCAACAUGACAAAAGUGAAAAAAGUUCUCCUCCUAUUCCAUGUGGAAGUGGUAAAUUUCUUCUUUUUGGUCCGGUAGCUUGUGCAUUAGCAAUGUAGUGUAAACAAAGAAUAAUAGGACUGUAAUGGUGGCCAGGGACGACUGUACUUUUAUUUUCAACCCACGGGGGGCAGUAAUGAUCAUCCCAAGUAUUAAUUCAAUAUCAGUUGGCAUUGAAUUGCCCAAAAGCUUUUCACCUCUUGCAAUUUUUUAUUGUAAAGUGUGACAAAUGCUAGUGGUUAAAGUCAUAAAUGACAAUUGAGUAAGUCAUCAAUGGUAAAUUUGUGAUGUUUGCUGAAGAUGUAUGUAUCCGAAUAGCCUUUGUCAGGGGUCAAAGUGCACAGCAAAGAGACAAACAACACACGCCAGUCAGUUGUUGCAGUUGAGGUGUUAAAAUUUGCACUUUAGAAACAAAAAUCUCCUUGAUUUUGUCUCCUAUGCACAUGCAUGCGUCGCAGCAGACAAUCAAAAAUCAGUUGGAGCUCUGACGUCAGGUUUUAUAUUGUUUGACAAACCCCACACAUGCUUUCACUCACAUAUAUUCUUCUUUUUUUUUUUUUUUACUAUCCGUAAAGGAAUAUGGGAGAAAAAGCACAACUGGGUGCAACAAUGACAAUAAUUUAACGUAUAACAUCAAUGAUUGAACUGUAGUAGACUUUUAGGUAAGUCUUUCUAUCAGGAAUAACAAGUAUAUAAAAAUGCUUUCAACAGAGGUUGUGAUCCAGCAAUAAAUGGGCAAAAGUAUCAGUACACACCUGGUUAGUCUCAUCUUGGCAAGACAUUUUAUAUGCGUGGAUGAGUUUGGUGUGGAAGAACAUUUUUAGUGUCGCUCGGGUCCAAAAUCAAUUACCUCUGAUCUCAAAAAUGCACAUAAUGCACAAAAACAGUUCAUCUAUUUUUAUUUCCUGUUGGUGUCACAGCCAGGUGUCCCAAUACAUUUGUCCAUAUUGUGUAUUCAUGUGAGCUUAAAGGUCCCCUAUUAUGCCAAAUGGACGUUAAUGAUAUGCAGUAGAAUGUUCCACUUUUGAGAAAUGCUCGCUUCGGAAGUUCCGUGUUUUCAUGUAAUGUUAGCAUUGUAGCGCACAAAGCUAUGCUAAUGUUGCUAAUAAUAGUGUACAGUUGUCCCUCACCACGUUGUGCUUUAAAUUCUGCGGCAUCAUGUUUUUUUUGUUGAAUCCAACCUAUUAUUAGUAAAAAGCUAAACUAAAAAAAAGCACAUUGAAGCAAAUGUUAAAUAUAUUUUGGCUAAAUUAAGCAUUAUCAAGCAUGAAAAUAGCCAAAUUAAGUAAAAUACAAACACAAGGAAUUAAGAAGCAGCGUCAAAAUAUUGAAUAUAAUAUUCAACAUUGACCACCAGGUGUCAGUAAUUGGCCGGUGAGACAAACACCAGACUAGAUCGCCACAACGACAGGCAUUUAUUGCAGGUUAAAAUUAUCUCAAAACAGGCAUAACAAUCCUAAUAACAACAACACUAGCUACUAUUGCGGCCAUAAUGUAGAUAAAACUAAACUCUGAACCCACAACUAUCACUUCCUGUCCACACCACCAUAAAGCAUUUAUUGCAACACACACAAAAAUAGCAUAUGUUCUUUGAUUAUGUUUACUAUAUAGGGAAAUACAAAGGAAAGGUGAUUAUAUGGGUGUUAUUCAUGUGUAGAGGCCUACUUAGAAGAUCGUGAGGAGGUUUUUAGGGUCUUAAACUACAAAAAUAUUUUAGUUGCUAAAAGAACUUAUCACGGUCAAGUCUGAACCCAGCUAAUCAUAAUAAAUAAGGUAUUACUGUAUAUGUAAAAAGUACACUAUCGUGACAACUCAGUGUAAUAUGGGAUCUUUAAGAAGAUGACUAUGAAGUCUCUUUUUGGGACUCAAACCCUUCAUUCUAAUCAUUACUUGAGCCGCUGUUGACAGUGUGACGUUUAAAGUCGCAGUACCAAAAAAGACAUCCGUUUUUUUUUCACCAUGCUACUUUACAUGUUGCUUAUCCACAGACAAAGAUCUCCUCAAGAUCUGCCUUAUAUCCUCCUGCAGGUUUGAUGAAGGAGCACGAGAAGAAGUUGCGUGUUCCGACAGGUCGGCAAACGGGCGGCGCCGGCAUGACUAGCGUGAGCGAAUACAGACUUGUUUCAGAUUAUUGUUAUUUUUUUUUUCUUUUUAUGUGAAGGUUACACAAGAGUAAGGUAUUUGGUCCAAAACCAAAUCCACUCUUGGCUGCUUUCACGUUGCUGACAGUGGCCAACAUGAGGCCUGUUAUAUAUCUGUUGUUAUAUCUCUAUCGCUAUCUCAAAAAUGUCAAUCACUUAUCUCAACAAGUGCCUUGUGUUUCAAACCAAGUGUGUGUAUCGUGUGUAUCAUUAUUUUUUAAAAAGUGUACUUUUUUAUUCUUUCAAUUGUGGGAACUGAAAUAGUAAUACCAAACAGACAACAGAUGUGAUUUUUGCAUCAGGACCAUUGUGACAUUUUGGACGAUGACGUACUGUCAAUAAAACAUUA